AUGGCAUCUCUUGGAAAUGGCAGCUACGAAGUACCACCAGCACCACCAGUGCAGCCGUACCAUCAGCACCAUCACCACCUGUGCGACCCCUCCUCCCCCUUCCCCUGGUUAUCAUCACAGCAACAACUGCACAACUCCCACUACUUUCAGUACAACACUUCAUCCUCAUCCUCAUCACCUUACAAAGUCAAUCACUCACCCACUACUACUACCACCACCACUGCUGAAACUGAUCACACCAGCAAGUGCUCACCUAAAUCAACCGACAGCAACUGCAGCAGCACCUCAUCAGCAGGACCUAAAAGUGGCACCCCCAGCAGCAAACAGCAGCGCAAGACGCUGAACCGAGGGCCUCGCAUUCCCUUCACCUCCGCCCAGGUGGCCGAACUGGAGGCCAAGUUUGCCGCCACCCAGUACCUCAGCAGCAUGGAG